GCCCACACGUGUCGCUCAAUAUUCCGUCCACUACAUGAUUAAUUGAAAUAAGUAAAUAUUUUACUUAGUUUUUAUUUAUAUGAAUAAAUUGAUGGGCAUUGGUGGUGCUUGACUCUGGAUCUUGAGGUCAGUUUUCUAGAUUUCUCUAUCAUCCAGGUACUAUCUUCUAGCAACUCUUAUUUCUCUCUUUUUCAUCCACAAAGUCAAAGUUUUGAUUAUUAUUGUAUUAUCUUAGUUUCUCAUUUGAUAUUGCAUGUUUGUUCAUACUUAUCUCAUAGGAAUGUAUCCUAUUUCUUUGAAUUUUUCUAUAUAUCCAUAAGUUACUCGAGUACGAUUUCCAAACUUUGUUUUUUUUGGUGAUGUAUCCUGUUGUUAUUGAUCCUCAAUUAGUAAGUUUGAGCCAUAAACUCAAAAUUAACCCUGAAUUGCUUUCAAAUUUUUCCAACCUUUCAAAUUUUGGUAAUGGAAGCACCCAAGAUGUGAUCUUUGGUAAUGGAAUUGCACAAGAUGUGGUCUUUGGAAAUGGAAUCACUCAAGAUGAAAGCUUUAGAAAUGGAUUGACCCAGGAUGAGAUCUUUGGAAAUGGAAUUACCCAAGAUGAGAUUUUUAGAAAUGAAAUUACCCAAAAUGAGAUUUUUGGAAUCGGAAUGACCCAAGAUGCAGGAAUCUUUGGAAAUGGAAUUACCCAAGAUGAAAUCUUUCAAAAUGAAAUGAACCAAGAUGAGAUUUUUCAAAACCAUAAUAUAGUUGUCAGCAAAACCCAAUCAGGUGAAUUUAGUGAAAGUUGCAUAAGCCCAGAUUCAGUAGAUGUGCCUGAUUUUUCUGAUGCAUGCAUAAAGUUUUUGAGUGAUAUUUUAGAAGAGGAUUUGGAUGAAAUUCCUGCUACUAUACAUGAUUUUAGGGCUCUUCAAGCCACUGAAAAAUCUUUGUAUGAUGCUCUAGGAGAGGAAUAUUCAUCUUCUGAUAAUCCCUCAUCCUCUUUUGAACACAGUAUUGAGAGUCCAGAUGAUAAUGGGGUUGAUGGUUAUUUCUUAAGUAACACUCCUAGUUUUGAAUCCAAUUGGGUGCAAAACCAAAUACAAUUAAAGCCUUUUAUAAGCUUGAGUGAUCUUUCUGAUUCGAAUUCGGAAGUGAAACCUCAGUCCUCAGGUUCAACCAACACUGAUGGUUGCAUAGAUGGGUUAGCAACUUCUACUUCUAGUACAUUGACAUCUGUAGCCCAAGCGAAAGUUGAUAAGGGGGUUAGUCAAUCAAGGAAGAAGAAAAACCAACGAAGAGACAAUGGUGGUAACGAUGGAGGAAGAAGUAACAAACAGCAAGCUUCUUCUAAUGAAGAUUAUGUUGAGAUGAGACAGUAUGAUGAUAUACUUUUAUGCAGGGAAGAUAAAUAUGAUCUUACUAAUUGUGAUAAAGGAGUGAACAAGAAGUUGCAGGGAAACAAUACGAAGAGUAAAACGACUCGUGGGAAGAAGCAGAAUAAUGCAGUUGAAGAGGUGGAUUUGAGGACUCUUCUCACUCAUUGUGCUCAAGCCGUUGCGAGCUUUGAUCUUAGAGCUGCCAAUGAGAGGCUUAAGCAAAUUAGGUUGCAUUCUUCACCUUAUGGUGAUAGCAUUCAGAGGCUUGCCCAUUAUUUUGCUAAUGGUCUUGAGGCGCGCUUAGCUGGUACAGGUUCCACUGUGUCUGGCAAUAUUGUCGAUGCACACAUGUCAGCAUCCGACUUCUUAAAAGCUUAUAGGGUAUAUGUUUCAACGAUUCCUUGGCAUCGAAUGUCUUAUUUCGUGGCCAACAAUGCCAUCAUCAAGCUGGCUGAGAAAGCAACGAGAAUCCACAUAGUCGAUUUUGGUGUGUUAUUGGGUUUGCAAUGGCCUUGUCUCAUACAAAAUCUUGCAAAAAGAUCGAAUGGCCCACCUAGACUCCGGAUAACUGGAAUCGACUACCCCCAGCAAGGAUUUCGACCAGCAGAGAGGGUUGAGGCAACUGGCCGUCGUUUGGCAGGUUAUUGUGAGAGAUUCAAUGUGCCUUUUAAGUAUCAGGGCAUUGCAAAUAAAUGGGAUUGCAUAAUGCCGGAGGAUAUAAAUAUUGAAGACGAUGAGCUGGUGAUCGUCAACUGUAUGUUUCGUUCUGGAACACUACUUGAUGAAACAGUCGAGGUUGACAGUCAAAAGGAUGCUUUCUUGAGGUUAAUUAAACAGCUGAAUCCUUCCCUUUUUAUUCAUGGAAUUGUGAAUGGAACGUACAAUGCUCCGUUCUUCAUCACCCGUUUCAGAGAGGCACUCUUCCACUUCUCAUCUUUAUUUGAUAUUUUUGAAGAAACAAACCCGCGUGAAGAGCAUGAGCGGCUGCUGAUUGAAAGUGAGUUGAAUGCUAGAGAAGCUUUGAAUGUGAUCGCGUGUGAGGGUGCUGAGAGGAUUCAAAGGCCUGAAACAUACAAGCAGUGGCAAGCAAGGACAAUAAGAGCUGGAUUCAAGCAUCUCCCAUUAGAUAGGGAUCUUUUGGGUAAAGCAAAGGCUAUGGUGAAAGCUAAUUACCAUAAGGAUUUUGUGGUGGACGAGAUUCGAAAUUGGAUGCUGCAAGGCUGGAAAGGCAAAACUAUGUUUGCUCUUUCCUUUUGGCAAUCUUGAUGACAACCACCAACCACCGCUGCUUGGACUCUUCACAUUACCUCAAGAAUCCGUAUAAGGCCCAGGCCCAGGCCCCUUGAUUCUAGGUCAUGGAUUAUACACUUGGAUACUUGAAUUGGUUCAAAAGCUUCAGAUUUUCUCGUAAAAUUACGAGUCCGAGUAAUUGACAACACUACCUUUAUAACUUAAGCUUUUGUAAAAUAGAAAUAUAUCUUGGUGCUGCUUCAUCCCCCACCCCCAAGUUUUCCAAUUCAGGAAUCUGAAUUUUGUGGCUGAUAUAUAUAUAUAUAUAUAU